AAAGUUAGAAAUAUAUUCUUGAUGUCACCCCUCGAAUUUACUACCUUGAAAAAAAUGCUUUAUAUUAUGCCGAUGGUAAUAUUUUGUAGAUGGGUUAUUGUACAAUGAAGUCUCUUUUUCUGCUUGUCUCUUGGAUAAACCUGGCCUAUUCAACACACCAACAUUUCGUUACGCCGGAUCAGAAGUCGGCUAUGCUAGGUUCUCUUAGCAGUCCUGAGUUUGCUGAUGCUGCAAGUCCCCAACGAGUGGCUGUAGUAGACAAUGGGUAUUAUAAUCCACAAAAAACUCUGACAUCACUUUCGUCGCUUUCAAGUUUCAAUAGUGUGGUAGAUAAUAUUCAGCAAUUGCCUGAUCAGAUGCCUUAUGAUUCGUAUCCUGGGGACCAGGCACCAACGCAAACACCAACGGAUCCAUAUUUGAUCCAAAAGCAACCUUUUCAAAUGACCCCGGACUCUUACCCGCCGGUAUCAAACCAAGGAGUUUCAAACACAAACAGCAAUGUACUUAAAGGAUCGAACAGACACAGUCCAUUGAACAAAGACCAAAUUCCGACCGAAAGCAAAAUUAGCGUUCAAAGUGUACAGGCGAAAGAACUUAACAUAACUCCAAUAAAAAAGACCACGUUAGCAGAUAAGAUUGACAUCACUAAACAGGAAAGGGCUUACACCAUUGACCAGCCAACCAUUAAGAAAGCAGUCAACAGACAGAAAAUUGCAAAGGUCUCAGAUACUACCUCUUCUAUGUCAACAAAUAAACCAAAUAUUCUGAAACCAAAAGCCAUAAAAUUUAAGAGUGGCGAUACCGUUUAUAGACUUGGUCAACAAAGUGCGUCUUAUCGUUUUAAAGGGACAUCGUUUACCAGAUCACCUAAAACAACUGCUAAAACAACAUCUGAACCACCGGUAACAAAAACUGAUUUAAGAACCACUCAAAUGGAAGAACUAAGAACAACGUUCCAAAAUUCCAUACUAGGCGGUUAUUUUACAACAGAAUCCCCGGUAACAAUGUGGAAGCAGAGUAUUGAAAAGGGACUCUAUGAAACAACAAAAGGAUUCAGUGUACCUAUUUCGUCUAAUCAGAAUACGCCAAACCCUACAAGCCAGCCCCCAAACCCACACGAUCAUAGAUACUCAUUUGUCAAUCCAACAGAUGGAGCCGUUAUUGGUGGUCAUAUAGUCAGUGGAGAAAAGCCGCCCUCUGAUAUUAUAGUCAACCACCACGAAAUGUCUGUUUCUGAUAGAAAUAAAUUGUUCCAGAGAAGACAAACAUUACAGCAAACAAACUGGAACCAUAAUCAAAGGCAGCAGCAACAUAACGCAUUAAGCACGUCAUUAUCUAACAUGAAAACUCCACAAAAACCAAGACAAUCCCCUGCAAUUAAACCAACUGAGGUUCCUUCAUCUGCACAUGUAGUAUCAAACACUGAAAAUGUAGCAGACAUCAUAAUUGGUGGAAGUCAGCAAGGGUCUCUUUCCAUGAACACGGAACCAAUAAUGCCAAGACCUGUUCAACACGUUGUUGAUAACUCUCAUCAUCAAAGUGUUCAUACACAGAUACAAGAAGUAAACACCCACAUACCUCAAAAUAAACCUCUGAAUGAAAUUGUAGAUUUUCAGAACGGAAGAAUGGGAUUAGGAAUGGGAUCUCUCUCCAAUUUCCAAAAUGCUGAAUCUAAUAGUAAUCAUAACGAAUGGUUGAACGAUAAACGAUUUGCAAAUGAACUCGGAUUUGGUCAGCAACCAGUUUCAUCGCAAGUACCUCACAGUGACCAGGUUUUACAGAGACAAGAGAAAAUGAGUCAAAGAUUUGGACACGGUAAUAUGGCCCAAACACAAAGCUCCUCACAAUAUGUUGCAGGAGGUAAUACAAAUACUGGAAAUCGCAAUCAUUUAUCAAACGAUAUGCAUGCCAAAAAUAUGGUAAAUGCUCUUGAAAAGAAAAAUUCGCAUCCAAAACAUGUUCAGAAUUUUCAUGGACAACGGCAACAACGUAAAAAACAUAAAAAUCCUAAUAAAAACACAAGGUUAAACAAUCAGCAAACGCUAUCAAAUGUACAUCAUAACAAACAUAUGGCAGUGAAUCAACAACAGCUUCCCCAUGCCAAUCAUCAGAAUCAACAGCAUCAUAGAAGCCAACACGAACCAAUUAAUCAUUCUCUAGGAGGGUCGCUUUCUAACCUAGGUAGAGCCAGUCUCCCAAGUACCACACACGAAAAGAAAAGAAAGGCUAAUCAGCAAAGAAAUCCCCCCAAAACCAUGAAUCAUCAAAGACCACCGGUUGUUCCAAACCAUCAGAAUGGUCAGCAUUUUAACCAAAGGACACAACAAGGUCAUUCUCAGUUAGGUAGUCAGCAAAGCACUCAUUCAGAACCAAUAAACCAAGGCAGUUCCAUGCAAAAUAAUCAGCAAUCAUUAGAACCUAUGCGCCAGCAAGACAGCGCAUUCAACAGCCAGCUAGGAAACCCUUCAGAAUUCUUUGAUAGACAAAAUCAAAUUCAGACUCAAAUGCCUGGUGCAGAAAACGUUCAGUACAAUAUAGUCAACAUGCCACCAUCUCCAGCAGAAUAUUUUCAUCAAACCGUUGAAUAUAUCCCAGAACCUACAAAUGUGAAAAGUGUUCAAAAAUUACAAUCGUCUAACACAUUAUACCAGAACAACAAUAUGCAAAAUGGCGGAAGUCCAUCGAGAGUAGAAUAUAAUAUAAGGAAUGAUAAGAUAGAAACUAAUUCGUAUAAUGUCAUCAAUGAAGUUCCAGCAGGCCAAAGGUGGAGACAUAAAGAAACACAUCCAAAUAUGAAGCAAACUGGUUUCGAACCUGAACCCAUGGGGAAAAUGACACAAAAUAUGUACCAAGUUGAUACUUCUUUGUAUGGAACACAGAACCAACAACUAACUCCGUCUAACAGUCUGAACUCAAUCACACCUAAACUUAAUCAGCGGGAUAUCAUGGACACCUCAUUUAACAUGCCUAGAGAAAUUAUUAAUAAUCCUCAUAUCCAAAUGCUUAACAUAGAAAAUCCGCGACAAAGUGACUUCUCCUUAACUAGUACAAACAUUUUGGACAUAAAACCAAUUGACGGGUUGUCUUCAGAUAUUGUUCAGAUUUCAGAACUAAAGAACAAUAUUCCUAUCAUAGAAAUUCCAAUUAAUUACAAUUACUAUGAGACGACAACCGUGCCAGUAGUGGAUCAUAAACAGAAUCUACACACGACAUCUUCUCUAGCAGCCCAAGGAUUCGGCAUCCAGCAAGCCUUUACAAAAGCACCCGAGAUGUUUCAGAUGACCACUAAGAGCACAUGUGGUUACGAAGUCAAUCCGUUCAACAAAAACGAGUACGCUAUGAGCAAAGCGGAAGCUCAGGCUGGCCGGUUUACAUCAAAAUGUCCCGCGGGUUUACAUUUCCGCGUAGACAGAUGCCGCUGUGAUUGGCCACAAGCCCAACCAAUCUCCAGUUCCGGUUCAAGUUUGACAUCUUGCCAAUAUGUAGUAAAUCCAGCCAACAGGGGCCAAUAUGCCAAUAGUUUACAAGAUGCCCAGGCGGGCAAACUGUUUGACUGUCCAGCUUCUCUUCAUUUCGAUGAACAGAAAUGUCGGUGUGAUUGGCCAUGGCCAUUAACGGCUUAACAGGGGUUCAACACCAUUGAUGAAGAUCUAACCAGAAUUUCAAGAGGGGAUACGCCGGGAAAAUACAUAGGGCACCAUUUAUUUGAGGUCCCAUAAAUCAAUUUUACUUCCGGUGAAUAAACAUUCAAUGAAGUUCAAGCUGUUGUGAUAUUAUUAUUUAUGUUGAAGUUCAAUGUAUAUAUUGUAUAUAUUUAAGUGCUUUAUAUGAAUUUUAAAAUGUUUAUUUUUUUGUUACUUGUAUAAAUGGAAGUUUGGUCCAUUCAUUAAAUCGUCUCUUACCUACCAUUACCAUUUGUAUCAUCAGUUCAUCAAUAAUUCAAUUGUCA